AUGACUGCAGCUGCAGCAGGUGCACAUGGUGCAACACCAAUAGGCUGCUGGGCACAGCCCAGCUUCUUUGAGGAGAAAACACAAGACACAGUCUGGAAUGUUCGUCGCGGGGAAGGAGCUUGUGCGGAGUCCAUCGGGGACGAGACAGGCAGCAGCGCUUGCGAACAGCGACAGCUCCCAGCCCGCACCGCCCUCACGCACAACUCUGCGCUGUCCCCGCUGGAGCUCGGCAGGGAGCGGGGAAGGAGCUUCUGCGGAGCAGCAAAGCGCAAGGUGCUCGCAGCAGCCGCUGCCUCCCGCACCCUGAAGCUGGCAGCAGGACCUGGCACGCAGGAGUUUGAGGACAGCCUCCGGGCCGCGUCACAGAAAGCUGCUCCAUGGUGUCUUGUGUUUGUGUGCAGAGCUUUGCCACCUGCCCGUGUCCGUGGGAGCUCGCUGGUGCCCACGCAGAAAGCCCAAGAACUACCCUCCCAGCCCCCUCGCCCUCCCCUUCAUCGGGCACCUCUACCUGAUGGACUUCAAAGAUCCUAUAAAGACGGUGCAGAAGAUAUCAUCUGCUCCAUCACCUUUGGCAACCGCUUUGACUAUCACGAUGAGGACUUCCAAAAGUUGCUGCAGCUGCUGGAGGAGACAGUGAGGCUGCAUGGGACUAUAGCGAGCCAGCUGUACCCAUCUUUCCCAACUGUGAUGAAAUUCUUGCCUGGAUCCCACCAAACCAUUUUAAAAAACUGGAAGGUGAUGAGAAGUUUUGUGGUGGAGAAGAUUGACAGACACAAGGAGGACUGGAACCCCUCGGAGAGCCGGGACUACAUUGACAGCUACCUGCAGGAGAUGGCCAAGCAGCUUUUUGUGAAGGGUGACAGCAGCAACAGCUUCCAGGAGGAAAACCUGGUGGCAUGCGUGCUGGACCUGCUGUUUGCCGGGACCGAGACCACUGCCACCAGUGGUCGUGGGCGGCUACACCAUACCCAAGGCAACCCCAGUGCUGAGGCUUCAGCUGGAGACUCCCAGCUGCCCAGGAAUGAUCCUGCAGGCCAGGCUGUGGAUUGUCAAGCUACAUCAAGCCUCUGCCCUGCCCAGAGUUCACUCCUGCUGAACGUGUCUGUGUGCCAGCUCAACAAAUCCCUCCAGUAUUUAGAAGGCUACAGAGCCUGGCAAGAUGCCAGACACACAUUCACUCCAAAGGCACAGUUCCUAGCUCAUGGUGCCUUGAUAGAAACUUGGUCCAGGAGAUAAAAAUGAUGCUGAGGAGGGAAAAAUGUGGUUCUAUAAUCAGCACACUUGCAAAUGGAGAAGAAGUAGGGAAAUCUGGCCAUGCACAUGGGUGUUGGACAGACAGUUGCAGUAGAUGUGGACUAUGGAUGUUCCUCAUGGAGAGGAGAGUGGGAGGUAAAA